GCAACUGAAAUGAAACGAUUUUUGGCGCUCGUGGUGAUUCUUAGUGUGUGCGGUGGUACGGUACGAGCUGACUUCGGCCUGAAUGUGACCAUUCCGGAUUUAUCGAAAGAGACUUCCGCCGCAAUUGGCCAGGGCAUCAUAUCGCUCAUCAAGGCCAAUGCAACCAUAAAAUCGGCCGCAGUGCAGGAAGAUCCCGUAACAUUGACGGCGCUGGUGAAAAUAGUUAACAACGUGACCAGUCCCCUGAACAGGCUGCUCGGAGCAACGCUUUCGGCUACGACGGAUAAAGUUUCCAACAGUUCAAAUCUUUUCGGGAAUUUAGCUACACUGGUGGUAGAAACCAGAAAAGCCAUCGACGAUGCGCUGGUCGCCUCAAAUGAGCUGCAGUGGAAUAUACACCCGACUCUGCACGAAGAAAUGCGCGAAAAUAUUUCUGUAAUCGCUUCUAGCCUUCCGAUGCUUCUAGAAGCAUUGACUGUUAUCAACGAUUCGGUGACUGUCAACCAGAAUUGUGAUGGUUCUGAAUAUCCCGAAAAUAUCUUAAAUUUUUUUACGCCAACUGUCGUCAAUGGUAUGAUAUAUCCUCUGCGAAACAUUGGAGGAAGUAUCACAAACAUUGCAUCGAUUGUUACCAUCAUAUCCAAAGAAAGAACGACGGCGUUAAGUCUCUUCACAUUGGUUAACAAUACGAUCAGCGCUGGAAUGAGGGCAAUUGUGCAGCCAAAUACGGUCUUCAACAGAACGGUGAAUGACGCAAAUACGGCGCUAUCAGCGAACGCGAAUGCGCUCAGCAAUGCAAUUACCCAAAUUUAUUCAACAAUCAUUAGUCGCCCGAAUAACUUCAACCGUGGAGACAUCAGUAGCCUAACCAUAUAUCUAUCCGAUGUGAAAUCAUCUAUCGAAUCCUUCGAUGGGAAUGUUUCGGAGGCCUUCAACAACCUGCGAGAAGAUGUAACGGUCGCGCUGAACGCCAACAUAGAUCAAACCACGAGUACGCUAUUGGAAAUAACCCGAACGAUGUCGAGCAAAGCGUACAAAAGCGAUAGUGAGUUUGCGGACCGUUGUGUCAGCAAAUAUGCCAACCAGCUUACCCAGAACCCAAUUCAGGUCAAUCGGCUGAGCGUCUGUUUGCAGGCAGAAUCGAUGAACUUCGUUCCGUCCGCGCAGCUCUUCCGUGUGCUGUCCGAACAGACCAGACUACUGGCCGGGUCCGGCUCGCCUGCGCUCCAGAUGCGCCACUGCACGCAAGGGCUGAAGGACUGUGUGGCGACGUACUUCGAAUACUACGGAAAUCUCUCGCGACAGGUUGACACCAAACUGAACAUCAAUCGAGAUCUGCUUAUUCAUGAGAUACAAACAAUUCGAAACCGGAUCGGAAUUUGUAUGGCGGCCAUUUCCGCUGAUAUUGCCGAAAGCGCCCGUUCAGUUGAUACGAAAUUCAACGCAUGCCUCACUAAUGGAUUAUAGUAUGGGAGUAUUUCGUUAACAGAGAAUUAUUU